CUCGAAAUAUCUCCCACUCGCCCCACGAAACAUUUUUCUCCGGAACUUUCCAGUAUCACCAACACAUGACUGCUCAUCACUCAGAUAUUUUCUAUCUUUUUGCUCUAUAAAAUUCACAGCCCACUUCUCAUUUCUCUGUAUUCUCUUUACAACUCCUGUUACAUCCAUCCCGCGUCCAGCAAAUACAAGAACAACACUAAAGUCGCAGUCUUUAGGGAACUUUUUACACAAUCGAUCAAUGUUUUGAAAUUUUGCUCGGUCAUGGUGGUGAUGAUGAUGGGGACAGAGCACGGACAGAAGGAGUUGCUAUCUUAUUAUAGUGUUCUUGGUGUGAGCGCGGAUUCUUCCAUUGAAGAUAUAAAACGAGCGUAUCGUAGGCUUGCGAUGCAAUGGCAUCCUGAUAGGUGGACAAGAAGCCCCUCUCUGUUAAGUCAAGCUAAACGUAAAUUUCAGCAAAUUCAGGAGGCUUAUUCAGUGUUAUCAGACGAGAAGAAAAGGGCAUUGUAUGAUAUAGGAUUAUAUGACCCUGAUGAAGAAGACGACGAGGGAUUCUCUGAUUUCAUGCAAGAAAUGUUGUCUCUCAUGGCACAGAACAAGAGAGAGGACAAGAGCUAUAGCAUGGAGGAGUUGCAAACAAUGUUCACAGAAAUGGCACAAGGAUUUGAAUCUUCUUUAUCAUACUACACUACAUCCUCUGUUGUUGAUGACCCUGCACAGUCGAAAGGGGCCUGUGGUGAUUCCAAACCCAUUAUGGAUACCAGUGGCUCGCAUUUUGGAGUAUCAAGCUGCUGGGGGAUGUAUGGAACAAGCAGUUAUUGCAGCUGAGGCUCUUACUGGCAAACAAAUGAUUGUGAAGAUGGAGAGCAGCAAAAAUAUAUGAUCUUGCUCAUCUUUUUGUAGAUUGGAGCCAUUGACUCUGUAUAUUUGAGUUGUGACAAUUUGGAGAAAGAUGACAAUUGUGUGAAGUAGUUUUGUGUUUGGGUUUUGGCCAUGGACAAAUAUGAAGUGCGCCUACUUGUGGUGGGGACAAUAAUGCUGAAAAUUUGAGCUGCAAGUAGCUGGGCCUGGAAAUGGGCCAAAUGUGAAAAUGGAUCUUUUAGAUUUAUGAAUGUACGUGUUGUCCUUGUUCGAAAUUGGCAUUUUAGACGUGGUAGAUUGAUUCUGCUUGGUUACUGUAUCCCUUAAUUAAUUGUUCAUUUUAAGUGUUUUCGAUCUA